AUCAACGUAUUUAGAUAAAGUUUGACUAGUGUGGAAGCGUUAUUGCAUCGGCGUCAAGGUUUGUAUUGUGAACUCGUAUUGAUUGUCAUUGAUGGACGAUUUUUAAUCUUAUCAAAACUUAUAAUAAAACAACGUAAAUAAUUAUUAGAGAUUAAAUGAUAUUUCAGAAAAAGUUAUAUCAUAUAUAUAUAGAGAUAUAAAAAUCUUCUAGUUAAUAAUUUACAUUGUUGUAGAUGGAGUGCUAAUACUUGCAGAUAUAAGACAGCGUUUGCGAAGAAAGACUAUAUAGAUUGAUCUGCAAUUGUUCUAAACUAGUCUUCAAGAAUCUACUAAAUAUGGACUCUGUUAAUGAAUCGGAACAAAUUAAUAGGCUGGUUAAAGAGGCAGAGAGUUUAAAAAUACGUUUAGAGGAUGAACGACAAAAGCUAAAUGAUGUUACUCUUGCCAGUGUAGCUGAUCGAUUGGAAGGAAUAAACUGCAUAAAUGUAAAACCUCGACGUGUUUUGAAAGGCCAUCAGGCAAAAGUUCUUUGUUCUGAUUGGUCUCCUGAUAAGCGUCACAUUGUCUCUUCUUCUCAGGAUGGCAAAAUGAUAAUAUGGGAUGCUUUCACAACAAAUAAGGAACAUGCAGUUACAAUGCCUACAAUAUGGGUAAUGGCAUGUGCUUAUGCUCCUAGUGGUGCUUUAGUAGCAUGUGGGGGAUUAGAUAACAAAGUAACAGUUUAUCCAUUAAGUUUAGAAGAUGAUGUUACAACUCGUAAAAAAACUGUUGGAACUCACACAUCGUAUAUGUCAUGUUGUGCAUUUCCCAAUAGCGAUCAACAAAUUUUAACAGGAAGCGGGGAUAGUACAUGCGCUUUAUGGGAUGUUGAAAGUGGUCAAUUGCUUCAAAGCUUUCACGGACAUUCUAGCGAUGUUAUGUCGAUCGACUUAGCACCGAGCGAAACUGGCAACACGUUCGUAUCUGGUAGUUGUGACAAAAUGGUUCUAAUUUGGGAUAUGCGUAGCGGACAAUGUGUUCAAAGCUUCGAAGGACAUCAGUCUGAUGUUAAUUCGGUAAGAUUUCAUCCAAGCGGCGAUGCAGUAGCAACAGGUUCCGAUGAUGCUACCUGCCGACUCUUUGAUUUACGCGCUGAUAAAGAAGUAGCUAUUUAUGCGAAAGAGAGUAUCAUAUUCGGAGCGAAUACAAUUGAUCUCAGCGUAAGUGGACGUUUAUUGUUUGCUGGCUAUAAUGAUUAUACAGUAAACAUAUGGGAUACUCUAAAGUGCCAAAGAGUAGCACUUUUAUAUGGACACGAAAAUCGUGUGUCUUGUUUGAGAGUUUCGCCGGAUGGUACUGCCGUUUCAACUGGAAGUUGGGAUUCGACACUACGCGUUUGGGCUUAGAUUUUAUUAGUCUCUCUCUCUCUCUCUCUCUCUCUCUCUCCUAAUUCCUACUAACACUUCAAAACAUAUACUCUUACACACGCCUUGUGUUAAUUAUGGCCAAAUUGAAGGUACUGUUAUGAGAUCAUAUAUGUAUUAGCAUGCAAUUGAAAAUAGUAGUUGCUAUUAGUCGUUAGAUAGUUACAAAUAUAUUAUAGUUGAUCAUUAAAAUUAUUAUGUUAGGCUGGCCCUAAUCUGUAAGAGAUAAAAGAGAAAAAAAAUAUUUCAUUGAUUGUAUGAAGUGUUACACAUUAUGUGAAAUCAAAUAAAAAUUAAAUUAAUGAAAUCUA